AUCAUUUAAUAGAAAGAAGUGAUAGGCAGGACAUCAGUUUUACGAAACAAAAAUGCCCGGAACAUGGAAUAAGUAUCUACAAAUUGUGUUUGUCUCACUUGCCUCUUGUUUCCUUUUAAAUUCUCAACAAAAACCUGAUUUGGAUAAGACACGACAUGUACACGAAGACAUGCAAAUGCCGAAUAGUUCCCAAAAGGAUGUCGUAACGCAUAUACAAAAUGUGCAUCGUCAUCAAAGAAAUAAUUUAAGUGGCUCUAUUGAAAACGAAUAUGAACAAGAUGAAGUUGGUGAGACAAAUUUAAUCAAAAAUGGAAUAUUUUGGAAUGACUUUGCCGAAUCAUUUGUUCCAAAAGGUUUAUCGUACACAAACAGCAUUAAACUGGUAGAAUACUUCCGAGAUCAACCUGUAAAAAGCAUCAAGUCGGCCAAUGGGAAGGCAUGCGGCGAUGGUAUUGUUGAACUUGUAGAUGGCACAAGAAUGUGUGUCAGACAUGACGACAAACUAUUUAAAGUUUAUGCUGAAGCAUUAGCCUUCUACCUUUCUCGCUUGCUACGUUUGGAUAACGUUCCUGAAGUGUUCCUUGCGGCAAUAAAUGGAUCCUCUACACGGUGGAAUGGUUUGGAGUUAAAUGCGUUGACAUGGAAAGAAAAUGACAUUGUUGCAGUCAUCAAAUGGAUUGCCAACGCAAGUCUUGAAACUUUCAUACCGCCAAUCAUUCGUGCUGCUUACGCAACAGGAGAGCCAGUUACAAAUGCUGUUAUUCAUGACACAAAAUAUCUUAGUGGGAAUACAGCUGCAAUUUCAGAGCUUGUCCAAUGGGGAUCCUUGAUUGUCUUUGAUAAUUUGAUUGGCCAUUAUGACAGAUUAGUACUUUACCAAACAUUCGGGAAACGUGGCCUCAGUAGAAGGAGCUUAGCUAGCAGUUUAUACAACAGUUUAAAAUCUCAAAACAGCAAAAUAUGGUUAAUUGACAAUGAAUCUGCUUUCUUCUAUCAAUAUAAGUCACGAGAUCCGACAUACAAUCACUUUCAAUUAAUAAAGCUCCAUGACAAAAUGCUUAAAACAAUGUGUAUAUUUCAAUCAUCCCUUGUGAAUGAAUUACGAAAACUUUCUGAACAUCCCUCGGCUUUUAAACGACUGUGGGGUUAUGCCAGUUCGUUUGAACCGUUAUUUGAUAGUUUUCAGAAAGACUACCGUUUCGAUGUGUUUGCUAGACUGUUUGAUACACGAUUGAAUCAAAUAAUAGAAUGGAUCGAUCAUUGUCAAAAUAUUCGCUCUGAAAGUUGAAACCAGAAAAAAAUAUCAUUUUCGAAUUUGUCAUCAUUUGUAUAAGAAGGUACUAUAAUGCAGCUUUAUUAGGUGUGAAUCAUAUUAGCGAUGUCACUGAGACGAAGAAUGAACAAAGCAAAGAAUCUGUUCAAAUAUUUCUUAUUAAACAUACCAAGUCUCUUGGACUUUGAAUAAGUCGUGUAACACCUCUUAGAAGUUGUUUACCUACGAAUCAUGUGAAUGUCAUGUCGUAAAUGAAGAUGGCACAAAUACAAGGAAUAACAUGUUGUAGUCUUUAAAACGCGGAAAACGAAGCAGUGAACAUUUCAUGGUAAGACAAGAUAGUUUAGCCCUUACCAUUGGUAGGCUGUAAUAUGUGGAGUAAUGAUUUAUUGCCGACAUACCGUAAAACCUGUGACAAGAGACAAAACAAAAUGCAAUCUUCCGUGGCUGCAACGAAGCAAGAGUCACAGAAUAAUAAUACUUAUGUUAUGUUACGUUUAACUAAAGGGAGAGAAAGUUUCGUUUCUUUCUGGAAGUUGGCAUACGUUUUCUAUGUUUGAUUAGACAUUUGUUACUUAAUGGAUGUAAGUGAUAAAACUUACUUAAAUUAUUUUUGUAUUUUUCAAAGUAACCUUUCCUAAAAGGGUUUUAGUCUUGAGGGUGAUUUUUCUGGCCGAUGAGAUGAAUUAUAAUUUAGUGCAGUCUACUUUUGAUAUAGCCAAUUUUUAUGAUAACAGUUUAAAUCAUUUUAUAGACAAAAAAGAAUUUUUACAUUUAUACACUUGUAAUAUAAAUAAUAUGUUGCCUUUGGUUGAAAGGUCACAGACAUAAAGAUGUUCUAUGCUGAUUGCUUAAUAUAUAUAUUUUAUACUAAUAUUUUGAAUAUAUGACUUAUAAUUGUGUCGGUGCGACGUUAAACCCUACAAAAUAAAUAAAAUAAAUUGAAUAUAUACAUUUUUAAUUAACGUACUCGUAAUAAAAUAUUUUUAGAGAUUUUGACUCGUUAACAGAAUUACCAAGCAGCACUAAGCAUCAAAGGCACCGAUAACAAUUUGGUAUGACAUUUAAGAAUUUCCUUUUCCUCUUUUAAAGACAGUGACCUCCAGAUUUUGGCUAAAAUAUUAUCUUGUUUUCAAACCGAAGUUUAGUUAUAUUAUGAACAUUAGAACAUGAGUUUUUGUUUUAAAACUAUUUCAAAAAUAGUAAAUCAAGAAAAGAUGAUCGCGUCAGAACCCGGACCGCCGCGGCAAUAAGGAACUUUUUCGCUGUCGUUGCCAAUACCGCUAUUAUAGGAUUUAAUGUUUAAUAAGCGUUAGAUAUAUAGAUAUUUAUAAUCGAGGCAAUUUAUCUCGAGUAAAGCGUUACUAGUAGUAUACUACAUAUACUAGUAGUCUGUCAGUAAUUAAGUUUCAAAACAUUCUUAAGAACUACAGCAUUAAUUCCCAGAUAUCUAAAAAUCUUUUUUUUCUGUUUUCGAACGAUCUGGACACUAGUGCCUUUAAAAACACUAACAUUACUGAUUUGGAAGCUUGUCAAUAAUAAGAAUGAAUCGAUAUUUCAACCUAAUGACUAUCUUUAAUGAUAGGCACUUUGAUCCCUUACAGUCGGUACUACGAGCACAGAAACAAAGUUCACAGACAUUCUUAUAUAUGUAUCACUUGUACAAUAGUAAAGCGAACAUUGCCGCCAGCUCAAGCGUAACUCGGGCCGUUGCAUUCCUUAUGUGAGGAAGCCUUCCAGCUGGUUUACUGAGGGUGGGCGCCAACUCGUGAGGAACUAAUGUAUGGAAGGACACCUUGGGUAUUCCUCCAACAUCAAAAUAUUGCCCCUGUCGUCAAAAGAUUGGAAGCCGCCACAUGGCCUGUGGCUUUAAACCCAACAAAAGGAACGUUGCAUUCAAGAAAGUAAAUGCAGGCAAAAUCAUAUUCAACAGUUUAAGUAAACGCAUUUUCAUUCGUUUAUUACUCAUACUCAUACUAUUUAUUAAGUUAAAACAUCUCAAAAUGAUUAGAGACUCAUCUUGUCAUGUUGUAUGUAUUCUCCUACAUUAUAUUUUCUCGAGUUUAACGAAACACCGACACAAUUAUAAGCCUUAUGGCGACCGGUCAGCUUUGAUGGUGGAGGAAGACCAAAGGCGCUCCUCCGUGCACUAUUUCAUCAUGUCGGGCAUUUACCUAGUUGAAACCACCGACCUUCCAUAAGUCAGCUAGAUGUCUUUCUCACAUGAAGGAUUCAACAUCCCCUGAGCAAGACUUGAACAAACAUCGAUAAGGGGCAAGUGAUUCAAAGUCAGUGACCUUACCCACUCGGCCAUAGAGGCCCGGAAUGAAUGUUCUACCUGAUUAGUGAAUCCAUAUGCUGGUGUGAUUCGGAUCCGACAAAGGACUUUUGAAAGUUAAAACUGAAAACUGGUUUUGUGAAUGAAUAUGGUUGUCAAUAUGUAUGUUUCUUAAAUUGAUGCAAUUAGUUUGAGUGUUGCUUUACGCUCUGUAUUUCAUAGUGUGUCAAAUAUAAAUAUGAGGAAACUGCGAUAGGAUUUAUUGUACUAUGCAAAUUGUUAUCUAUAUAAACGUGCAUGUUUUGAACAAAUACUGGUAACUGGUUUGUCUUAGAGAUGUACGGUACUCUCUGGUUUAGCGGUUUAACAUAUUUGUUGAUUAAGAUACAAAUCAGGGCGCGAAUCAUAAUCAGUGAUAUAUAUUUGUGUAUUAUGGUAUUAUGGUAUCUAUCCGACAAAGUUGGGAAAAUGUGAUUUCUAACAAUACUGCAAGAAAAACUUGUUUAUAAAAUUUA